CUCUGCACUGCCCCUGUGCGCAUCUGUUUGUAGGCAGGUAUGUGUGUGUGUUGCCUUUCUUCUGUGGCCAAGUUACAGGCACCUUCAGCCCUGGGGGCGUGGCCUGACUUGAGGGCUGGCCACACCCGAGGUCCUUGCCGCACACCUGCUCCUCAUCUGGGCUCGUCGGGGAAGCUAUAUAGAUAAGCGAUGGAGCUUCCACCGACACUGGAUUAUUGCGUUUGACUACACGAGGAGUGUGGGACGAGAAGGAGCAGUGAGCACGAGGAGUGCAGGGACACUGGGGCAGAGAGCACUACACGGAGACUUUUGGGAAGAAGACACUACACGGGAGUCUGGGAAACUGGGGAUUUACUGUUGUUUACUUCACCACCUUGUAAAUAAACACUGCUGCACUGUAGAGUCCGGCGUUUGGGUCCUAUUUCCCCAUCUCCCCACGGUCUGCCUACACAGACCCUGACAGAAUAAUCCAGCCUGUAGCCGUAGCACAGCCAGCUGCCCAGCCUGUAGCCGUAGCACAGCCAGCUGCCCAGCCUGUAGCCGUAGCCCAGUCACCUACUCCACAACCGCUUUCAUCUCAAGUUCAGUCAGCCGUAGCUCAGUCUUCACCCUCGCUAUCCAUAGCUCAGUCAGCCGUAGCUCAGUCUUCACCCCCGCUAUCCAUAGCUCAGUCAGCCGUAGCUCAGUCUUCACCCCCGCUAUCCAUAGCUCAGUCAGCCACUCAUUUUCACCCUCAGCCAGGGAUCCCAAUUGCCUCUGGCCCUGCAUCUGCUCUAGCAGGAGGGCCCGAGUUGCCCGUCCAGUCUCAAGUUCUGUCAGCUGGAGGGUCUGAGGAGCCCAUCCAGCCUUUGGCCACGUCUGCUGAGGGUCCUGGAGGACCCAGCCAGCACAUCCUCACAUCUGCAGCAUUCGCAUCAUCGCCUGCAGCAUCAUUACCUGCGGCAUGCGCAUCAUCGCCUGCAGCAUUCACAUCAUCGCCUGCAGCACCGCUGCCGUCUGAUUCCGCAGCUGUCCCGCUGCCGUCUGGUCAAGCCUCUGUGUCUUCAUCCGCGCCGCAGCCGAAGGAGCAGCUCAGCGAGCGGGAGGAGCCCGCGUCGCCAAAUAUGGAGCUCAGCGAGCCGGAGGAGCCAGCACCGCUGCCGGUGAGGCUCAGUGAGCCGGAGGAGCUCAGCGAGCUCGAGCUGGAGCUCAGCGAGCGGAAGGAGCCCGCACUGCCUGAGGAGGAGCCCUGUGAGCUCGGCGAGCGGGAGGAGCUCGGCGAGCCGCAGCAGGAGAGAGCGCCGCCUGAUCAGGAGCUCGGCGAGCCGCAGCAGGAGAGAGCGCCGCCUGAUCAGGAGCUCUACGAGCAGGAGCGCGGCGAGCGGGAGGAGCGCGGCAAGCCGGAGGAGCCCGCACCGCCAUCGGAGGAUCUUGGUGAGCCGGAGGGACUGCCACGUCCGCGACGUCCAGCAGCCCGGCGUCCACGUCCAGCAGCCCGGCCGCCGCGUCCACGUCCAGCACAGUCAGCACAUCGGGAAUCGUGGGUUGUGCUGGAGCCGGAGCGGCCACGCCUCCACCGCCGGACCCGUGGCCGGCCACCAGAGGAGCAGCAGCGCCGCCGCCGCCGGACCCGUGGCCGGCCACCAGAGGAGCAGCAGCGCCGCCGCCGCCGGACCCGUGGCCGGCCACCAGAGGAGCAGCAGCGCCGCCGCCACUGGAUCAGUGGCAGGCCCCCUGAACCGUUUUGUCGCUGCUGCGGGACCCAUGGCCCUCCACCAGAGAUCCAGCGUUCCCUCCGAUGGACUAGAGGUAGGCCUCCUGAACUGUUUUCUGCCUCUGCCUACCCACAGCAGGUUUCGCCUGCAUUGCCAACCGUCGGGUCGGCCGCCUGAACUGUUUUGCUCCCGCGACGGUAACUUGGGGGGUUGUUGAACUGUUUUGUGCCUCCGCUGGAGUCGCGGUUGAGCCUCUGGGACUUCAUGAGAGUGACUGUUUGGUCAUUUGGGGGUUGGUUCCAGCCCUCUGUCCUGUUACCCCCCGCCGCCCACCCUGGGGUGGUUGUGUUGUGGUUUUUGUUUUGUUUUGGGUCGUCGGGAGCCGACCCUUAGAGGGGGGGUACUGUCACGGAUCCGGCUCUGGGGACUCGGGGUCCGUGGGCAGUGGGGACUAUGACUAUUUUUGUUAUUAGUAUUAUCAUUAUUAUUAUUAUUGUUAUUAUUUUUGUCAUUACUAUUAUUAUUUGGUGUGUUCUCUGCACUGCCCCUGUGCGCAUCUGUUUGUAGGCAGGUAUGUGUGUGUGUGUGUUGCCUUUCUUCUGUGGCCAAGUUACAGGCACCUUCAGCCCUGGGGGCGUGGCCUGACUUGAGGGCUGGCCCCACCCGAGGUCCUUGCCGCACACCUGCUCCUCAUCUGGGCUCGUCGGGGAAGCUAUAUAGAUGAGCGAUGGAGCUUCCACCGACGCUGGAUUAUUGCGUUUGACUACACGAGGAGUGUGGGACGAGAAGGAGCAGUGAGCACGAGGAGUGCAGGGACACUGGGGCAGAGAGCACUACACGGAGACUUUUGGGAAGAAGACACUACACGGGAGUCUGGGAAACUGGGGAUUUACUGUUGUUUACUUCACCACCUUGUAAAUAAACACUGCUGCACUGUA